CAUAUAUAUAUGACGGUAUACUACAUAUGCAGUACAAAGCACAGCCAAAUGAAUGAGAUUACACGUAUUAUUUCAGCGCUACGGUUGGCGGAUAGCUGCAAAAGCAAUUGCAGUGUCGUCAACGAUGAAUCGUACGUCGACGACACGGACAAUCAAGUGAUGUCUUCAGAGAUUGUCGCCCUGGCGGCCGCGGCUGCUGCCUCUGCCCUGUGUUCACCUGCGUCAUCGCAGACUGCCAACUCAGGCUUCAGUUCUAUUGUGAUCGGAACAGCCGGCAGCAAUUCCGGCUCCUUCACGUGUCCCAUAUGUACGUUUUCGUGUGAUAAUAUUUCUGUACUACGCUACCAUGAAGGACUACAUCACAGUGGAGGACCUCGUCCAUUUGCUUGCCACCUGUGCGAUUAUCGAGCGAAGGUUCGAUCGCAUUUGACUUCGCAUCUCCGGACGCACACCGUGGAUCGGCCAUUCUCAUGUCCGCACUGCGAGUUCACAGCGAAAAGACCUAAUCAUCUCAAGAUGCAUCUGGAAGUGAAGCAUUCGUUAGCGUCAGCGGUGGAUCCUGGCACGUCUUCACCAUCGCCGCCCGUAUUUUCAGGAAUGGGAAGCGGGUCCGUAAAGGACGAUAGGACAGCGCUGUCAUCGUCGUCCUCUACAGCAACAGCAGCAGCUGCGACAACAGCGCCGAUGGACGAAGACCCCCAACUUCGCAACAUGACUUACGUUCAAGUUGGAGCACACGUGGCAAUGUAUCGAGGAGGCGGUUCCGGGUCGGACAGCUCACAGACGCUCUAUGUCUGCACGCAUGGGAAUUGCAGCUUCCGCACACACUCGUAUUCAACGAAUUUGCGCAAUCAUCUAGCGGAACAUUUCGGCGACCGUCCCUUUAUUUGUGGAGACUGCGAAUAUCGCAGCGAGAGAUUCGAUUCGCUUCGCAAGCAUUGUCGAGUCCAUACAGGCGAGCGACCCUACGCCUGUCCCGUCUGCGGCUAUCGUUCCAAGACCAAUUCGAAUCUUCACGCUCACAUUCGGACCAAGCACAACAUGCCGUCGGGCAAAGCUGAACGAAUGCCAAGCAUCUGUGCACAGUACGACACAACAAUAACAGCGACAUCCGCUGUCUCUGCAAGCCACAACAUGACCGCCGCGGGAACCGUUCUCAAUCCGAUUGUCACUGGAGGCGUCACCAGCAGCGUUGGAGUGCCAGGACCAAUCAGCUUCGGCAUUCCGAGCGUCGCUGCGGCUGCUGCUGCUGCCGGCUCUCCCAGCGCCGCGGUUAACGGAAACCGUGGCCACAACGCAAGCAGCAGCGGCGGUGAAGCCAGUGGAUCGUCGCCCGAAAGCGGGCCCCGCUACCAUGAAGUCCCUAUUAGCCUGAACACUUUACCUAUUCCGAUGAGUCUAUCAUCGCUUUCCAUUCCAAACUCAUUCCAUUUAUCAGCAGGAGCGACACAGGAACCACCUAUUGGCGGCCAACAGCAGCCCGAAGUCGCCCACCAGAAACAUCAUCGUCAGAGAUCAGGCAGUAACGCCUCGCAGAAGGACUCGGCGGUACCAGAUCGACAACCACUCGACUAUUCGAUGGGAGUGUUCGGGGUCAACAGGCCGAGCAUGUAGAAAAGUAGGCCACGAGGGUCUUAAGCGUCAAAUCAGCCGAUUAGAAUAAUUGGACUUCGACUGGAAAAUGGAUCUCAUCUUAUGCCGAUGAACACACUAGACGAAAUAUCAUGCUCACACGUUUGAAGUACUAACGCGACUCUGGCGUUGUCACGCUGCUACGAACAACUAGCUUACUGAAUAGUACUACCAAUGGCUAGAGGUUUGAUAUAAUAAUAUCUAUAUUUAUACAAUGCGAGUGCGAGAAAGAGCGCAAAUCAAAAAGGAAUAUUGCACACUUCGACAAGUAACGCUUCUAAAACGCCCGCUAGGAACCUGGGAACAAAUACACACAAUUGCAAUAGCAAUAUUAUAAACACGGUAACCUGAAUUGCCAAAGGCCACUUUAGUAACCAUUAUAAUAGGGCAAAAAAAAUAACUAUAUUUUAAUGACGCAAGCCGGAAGCAGGGUAUAAAUAUCGAGGAAGGUCCAUUACUACAGCAUUAUGCUGCAAUAAAUAAAAUUACACACACAAACACAUAAAAUAUUCCAACGCAUCGAAACAUUCCCUAGGUAAUGUUGAGUGUCGAUAGGAGUUCGAGAUAAUUUAUUUAUAGAAUAAGUUCAAUUGUUCUGUUUAUGUUCUGUAAGUUGCAAUGGAGAAGACCUAAGUAUCUUUGUAAAGAGCGCAGAGAUCGGGGAGAAUACGUUGCUAUCUCUGUCUUUCGCUAGAACAAGUGAUUACUUUAUAAAGGCUUUAAAAACAGAGUGAGGUGUACGCCAAGCAAAUUACGCAGCAUUUGUACAACUGGCGACACGACUUUAUGAUGCUUUAACUUUAUCAUUCAUUUAGCGCAUAUUAGUUUAUAUAGUGAUCAUGUCUGGUGAUCAUUGAGAUCAGUAUUGCGCAUAGAAUAGGCGGCAGAACAACUAGACAAAAGGAAAAAAGCAAUGCCUGAUAUCGACCUGCUUAGAAAGCAAGAAGAAACUACGACACUACGCGCCAUACGUUUCGUCCUUUGCUUCACUGAUCAAUUGGCUUAACACUGUUAGCGUCCCAUAGUAAAAGUACACCCCUAUUGGGGCUAAAUCAGUUCACUAUGAGUGUGGAAAAAUGCCAUACGGUCAUAUGUAAAUGCGCUGGCACAUUUGCAAGCUAAGCGUUUUGCUGCCAACAAAAUAUCGCUACCACACCCACUAUUAAAGCUUCACCAACAGCUGUUAUCACCAGAGUGUUAUCCUAGAAGGUGUAAAAUCUGUUUUUCCCGCACUCAAAUUACUCUACACUAGAUGGUAAUGAUAGUAUCAAUUGAGCUCAGGUGAGAACCAUUUCAAAGGGGAAACAUGUUCACCGAACCAAGAAGCUUAUCAAUGUGAUCACUACAAUGAAGAUAUAGCUUACUACUACAGCCGAUCAUCAUCGCCGUCAUUAUCACCAUCACCAUAGUAAUAAUGAUCAUCAUCAUCACCGUCAUAAUCAUCACAAUAAUAACGAAGCAUGUUCAUCGAUAAAGCUAUAAAAACUAUGUAACGUUACUACUGUUAUGUCUCAGGAUGAACAUUAUACUGCACACAUUCCAUAUUAUUGUGUUUAUGUUUAUGAUGAGUUGACGUGUUGUUUAUGUUAAUAACGAGUCGGGUGCAUUGACGAUUGUGUGCUCUUCUUGUUUUCUAUUAUUCUUAUAUUAUUAUUAAAACGUUGUAUCUGUGUUUGUUUUCUCACCCUUCAAUAUUAAACCCUUUCAGAUUGUAUUUCUUCCGGCCAAUUUAGCGGGGGCGCGCUGCCUUCCACAUUUCGAAUUUACCAGACUGUCAAUUCGUUUGUGACAACGCAAUUCUUUUGAUUCAUUCCGUUAGUUGAUAACAGCAGAUCUUGCUGUUACAUGAUCUCAUUUAUGAAGUAACGUAUUAAAAAUACGAUCUUGAGACCGAAUGUGUUUCUUGCUGUGUCCGUGUGUUUAUGUGCCAUGUAGCUGCUAUUGUUUACCCACUAUUGACCCCCUCCAGACGAUGCUAUCUUCAAGGCGCCGCUAUUUUCCAUUGACAAUGCAAGCGAUGUGAUCUUGUUGAUUUCAUUGACACAUCCUAUAGUUGCCAAGCGCAGCGUUCAAUAAUUCCAUACUUGAUCGUGGCAUUCCAUUGCAUGCGAUCUCCAAUUCAGCACGUCCUGUAUCCUGGUCUCUGUGUUUAAUGGCCAGGAUGUACGCUUUAACCCACUGAGCAUUUUUAUACUUGAUUUUUUUUAUCGUCUGUCCCAUCGUACGAACCUUGUAUGUAGCUAAUACUACAACCAUUCAGGUGAAAACGUCUAUUCUUCUCCGACACAGAGCAAGCGGACUGUCGUCCGCUCGUAGGGACGAGGUUCUGAUUAAGCUAUAGCUAAAAGGCUUGGCAAGGUGAAAAGUACCUAAUUUUGGGGAAGUAUUUUCCCUCACAUAGUCUGAAACGCAAGCACAACUUGCCGCCUUCUUUCGCGUAAAGGACAACAAUGGCCAUUCGCUUUCCCACAAACGUACCGUGAAGUGAGCGAACAAUCAAAAUAUAUACAUGUAUUUAUUUAAGUAAGACAACAGAGGCGACGUGUGUUAGCGAUCAAGCUAAAAGUGUUUUUUCAAUACAACAGAGAGAUGGUACAGAAUGAAUGGGUAAUGCCUGUCCAUCGAUAAAGAUCUAAAGAAUAUAUAGAAGUCGAGCGAAGAAUCAAAAUAUAUUUCGAUAAAUGCACACACACACACACACACAC